UUACGUAUAUGUCAAAGUGGGGAUUGUCACAUAGGAAUCGAAUAAUAAAUACUAAUGGUAGAUGUUAAAAUAGCUGCAACAGAUUUCAGUCAUAAAUCAGAUACAAAUAAUAUGACAUUGCUGUAGUAACAAUUGGAGCGGAAGUUAAGCAGAUUUAAAACGAUCGGCAUACUUAUUUUUUGCAAGUAGAUACUUGUGGAUAGAAUGGAUAUUGAUUGAACGUUUUGUAUGAUAGAAACGUACGAUUUUGCAGACCUAUCAACUUUCCUCUAAAAAUAUUCAUUAAUUUAUAUUGAGUAAUUCGCACGGCAGACAAUUUGACAAAAUCGAUUUAUCGCCAAAAGACUUGUGGAGAGACUUUUGAUUAAAAUAACAACGAUCUCCACAGCAACUAAUCUUUUCCUUUCUGUUUUUAGUUUGUAAUCUGCGCUAAAUGUCUUCCAGGCUUCCAUUUUAAAAGGUUUUCGUUGCAAUGGUUUCGAAAAGGCCUAGAAACAAUUAACAUAGAACACGGAGAGUUUGAUUCUACAGAAAAAUAUUUCACAAUUGAAUCUAUAAUCAAGUUGUUAGAUGAGAAUAUUGGAUAGGAUAGGCAAAGAUGCCUUCUGUUUGAACUAUCACAUUCUGGAACAUUUAUGAAAAUAUACAAACAAUGAGGAUUACGAAUUGAAGAGCAAGCAAAUCUAAAAGACUGUAUAAUGCCAUUACUGAACCAGCACGUACUGAAGCAACUGCGCUACCUUGUGGUCACAAAUGACCCUCCUUAUAUGGGUAUGAAAAAACUGAAGAUUGGUGGACGGGAACUUUCAGCCACCCCAAAGGAAGUAUUCCACAUGAUUGAACUUGAGGUGCUCGAUCUAAGCCCUGAGAGGGAAACCUGUCUGUUUCAUCAACUAAGGUCAAUCCCGCCCGGAAUUGGUAAUUUAGUGAAUUUAAGAAUACUUAUGUUGGAUACAAAUGACGUCAUAGAGUUACCAAGGGAAAUAUCCAUGCUUAGCAACCUUGAAAAACUAUCACUUAGCAACAAUUUGUUGUCAACGUUACCGAUUGAGUUUGAAAAACUUCAAAGGUUGAGCAGUUUACACGUGGCGAAUAAUCAAUUCGAGACAUUUCCUUCGGUUGUCCUUAGUUUAAAAAGUUUGGAAUUUUUAGACCUAAGUGACAAUCGAAUCAUUGAUGUACCGAAUGACAUUGGAUCCCUUAAGAAGUUACAAACUCUUUUACUGUUCAUGAAUAACAUUAAGGCGUUGCCAAAUGGAUUUUGUAAAUUGAAAAAUUUAAGGACAGUCUGGUUGGGCAUGAAUUCCUUGACGGAAUUACCACGGGAGUUCGGCUCUUUGGUUAACCUGGACUGGAACGAAGAUUGUGUAUCGGCCACCAUAGAUGGCAAUCCACUGACCAAACCACCGAUGUCCGUGUGUAAAAUGGGACCGUACGCUAUAAAACGAUUUUUCGAUAUGAAUGAGAACACUGCUCCAUAACUGAAACUAUUUGUCACCAUUUGUAUUCGGUAAAAAAAUCAUACCUAGCUAUCCACAAUGUUUGAAUAAUUAUAUUGUCAUUUUCCCGUUGAACUCCAAUAAAAAUCUGGAAUUUUCGCAAUAUUCUUAAACUUGAUGUGAUGAAAAGUUGCGUAUACGUUUGGUUAUUCUGAAAGUGUUCGUCAAUUAGGUCAUAAAAACAUUGCCUGAUUAUCUCAUUAUAAACACGUGUAUUAUAUUGUAUAUAUCAUCAGCUUUAAAAUGCUAGUACUUCGACGAAAUACCAACUAACCCAGGCCUUACAGGAUUUCAAUCGAUCAUUGGACUCUCAUCUUUAAAUGCAUUUACAUGAACAAUUUACGUUAUUCUAAAGAUAUAAAAUUUUUCUAAUUUUGUACAGCUUCAAUAGUAC